AUGGCCCCAAAGAAACCGGAACUAAAGAAGGAAACACCAAAACCAUCAGAACUGGAACCAGUGAAAGAACCUGACUUCGACCCAAACAGCAUCAAGAUCCAGUUCAGUGCUGAUCAGAUUGAAGAGUUCAGGGAGGCCUUCCAGCUCUUCGACAGGACAUCAGGGAACCAGAUGAAGAUCACUUUUUCUCAGUGUGGAGACGUGAUGAGAGCACUGGGCCAGAACCCGACCAACACCGAGGUCCACCGAGUUCUGGGAAGACCUAAACCUGAGGAUAUGGACAGUAAACUGAUGGACUUUGAGACCUUCCUACCAAUGCUGCAACAUGUGGCUCAGUCUAAAGAUCAGGGCACAUAUGAGGACUUUGUGGAAGGCCUCCGAGUGUUCGAUAAGGAAGGAAAUGGAACUGUGAUGGGGGCGGAGCUAAGACAUGUCCUGGUCACACUCGGGGAGAGGAUGACAGAAGGAGAAGUGGACCAGCUGAUGGCAGGACAGGAAGACAGCAAUGGUUGCAUUAACUAUGAAGCAUUUGUCAAACACAUCAUGGCUGGCUGAAACAAGAAGAAUGACAGCAGAACAGGUGGGACUCAUAUUCAUUAGGACACAGCUCCCUCCUUUUCUGGUCCUCAGG